AUGAAGAUAUCGAAUUAUUUAAUAUUCAACGUUGUUACUAUCUUCAUUUUAGCCGUUCUAUCAACAGGACUUCGGCAAACUAACGCAUCCCUUACCUAUCAAGAAAAUUCCAGUCCAUAUAAUCUUACCGGAGCUCAAACUCACAUUUUAGAAAUUAAGCAUUAUAAUGACAAUUCGGGUACAACAGUUGUUCGUGUCGCUCGGACGAAUUACUUCAAUCUCUUCACCUAUAAUUAUUGUUAUGAGCAGAGGUUAUUACUUCGUGUUAUUCAAGCAAAUGGGAGUGUUAUCGAAAUAAACUAUGUUAAUUCUACUGAAAUACAAGAUAUCAAUUAUUGUUUUGUUGCGAGUAAUAUAAAAGAUCCCAUAAACUUUUACCCGUUAUUUGACCAAUACAUUUUAGUAACAUAUACUCAUGCAACUAAUACCUCUGACAAUACAACUUAUACGGAUCAUGGGAUGGUUUUAGAUUGGAAUGGAAAUGUUAUAAGUAAUCUCGAUUUUGGACAAUCUUACUUGCUCCAAGGCACAAUUUGGAUUCCGAAUGAAUAUAUAGUUAAUAAUAUUACUCCCCAAAAAGGUUUCUUACGUUUAUCUGCGACAACUGUUAAUGGAACAGGUUCUUUCAAAUGGGCCCAAUAUCAACACAAUGGCAAUGGAAUAUUUUCUUUAUUACAGAAUGACACAGUUUCGAGUGUAGACCUUACUACAAGCUUUCAAGUUACCGUAAUUGCAACUCUAAACAAUGGAUAUGCAAUAGUAUAUGCUAACACGACUAAUAGCCCUCAAAAUUCUGAUCCGUUAUCCGCUCAACUUACCGCAAAAGCAGGAAUCUACGCGAUAUUAUUAGGUUAUAAUCAAACAAUAACCAGCCAAAGAACUAUUUUAUAUGAAAUGACUACUUCUAAUCUAACAUUCAUAAGUUUGUAUUGUUCUGUCGAUUACGUUUUCAUUGGCCAUACAUGCAUUCUAUCCGCACAACAAAGAAUUUUUACCCCAACUAAUGUCAACGUUACUUAUUCUAACGUAACCACGACUACACUUGCUAGCGCAACUACAACUACUGCCGUACAGGUUAUCACUCCAGUUAAUGUCACCGUAGUUGACAACACUGCUCCGCCUAAUAUAACUACAAAUAGUUUUUAUAUUAAAAUACGGUUUCUUUCCACCGGAUCUGUGAUAUCGUUGAGUUCAAUAUUCUCGAAUAGCAUAGAAAUUACUAGGUCUCUACCUCAUGGAGGAUAUGCUUAUAUAUCACGACAAUUUAGUGGGCUGAAUAUAAAUUUCAGCUUUAGUCUUUACGAUGAAUAUGAUAAAAUAUCUAGUUGGACGUUUCCACAACAGCCAAUUCUCUCAAAUUUUGAUGGUGCCUUUGAUAUAUUGCAAAAUAAUACAAUGCUGGUGGCACUGAAUGAUUCUACUACCACUUGGAGCCUUCUUUCAAUCGAUCUUCCACUACUUGCACCGCCUCCACAAAUCGAUAGUGGUUAUGGUAAUUUACAAAUAAGCGCAACAUAUCCUCAAAUAAACGAUAGUAAACUACCUUUAAAUACCGAUACGAUCAACAUCACAUACUAUAAUCGCAUUUCGCUUUCGGAUGGCAAUUUAACUAUUUAUCAGACAAUCAAUAACACUAAUAUCCCCCGGCAAAGGAUUAUAUCAAGAACUUGUGACACCAUUAGUAAAUGCAUUCCUUUAAAUACCGUCCUCAAUCUCAAAGUUUUUACAUGUACCUUCAAUGAUCCUGGUGGCCAAUAUUUCAUAGUAGUUGAUAACAACUUUGUAAUGAGCGAUAUCCGUGGAAAACUACGGUUAACAAUAUCCGGAUCUAUUUAUUUUCAAGCAUUAAAUGAUUCUGAAAGAAAUGAAUUUUUUAUUACUUUAAUAAAUGAGCUCCUAGUUAUAAUUCCUACAGAACAAGGAAGAUUGGAUUCAACUAGACUUUUUCAAAAAGAUCCAUCCAAUACAGAUCAAAUUCUUAUCUCGCUUAUUGUAUAUGAGAUGAAAAGUGGUGACAAAAAAAAUGCCACAUCAAUCCAAAAUGAUUUAAACCUACUAAUAAUUAAUAAAGUUUCUACGGGCAUAUCAUUAUUUGGAAAUAUGACAAAGUUGUUAGAUAAUGAUUAUGGAUUUCAAACGUCAAUGUCAAUAUUGGAUUUCUUUAAAUUAUAUGAGACAAAAUUCGUUUUGUUAGUUGUAGGCAUAGCUUUAUUUUUAAUAUUAUUUAUCAUCGCCAGAGUAAAAUCACCAAAGAGUCAAAACUUUGUUGUUUUCCAAAUUGGUAUUACAAUAUUUCGUAUCGCUACAGUUACAAUAUUCACAUUUACUGAUGCAAAAACCGUUCCAAAUCUUUUCUUGCCGAGCAUGGUAUUUCUAAUUGCUCCCAUAGCAUUCAAUUUACUCGUAGCAUUUUUAAUAAUAUAUUACGGAGGAGAAGAAUUCCAAAAGUGGUUUGCAAAUUAUGGAAGGACUGCUACUUCAUUUGCAUUAUUAUCUGGUGCAAAUAUUGAUGUGAUAUUAAUAUUAAAAUCAUAUUUGAUGGAACUUGAACUUUUUAAUUCACCAUUGUCUCCACGUGCAUUAAUAACGGUUUUUUGGGCAUCUUGCGUUGACAUAUUUCUACAAGAUGUACCACAAUUUAUUAUUCAGAUAUUUUAUAUACUUUCUAGUGUCGAGUACGAUAUAAUUCCAUUAUUCGCUUUAAUAGCUUCAGGCCUUUCAGUACUUUCCAACAUACUUAGUAAAUUAUUCUUUAUUAAAUUUAAGAAAUAUUCACCCUAUUUAGUAGCUUUUUAUGAUCAUCACGCUGUUGAAUCAGAAAGUCCGGAUGAGCAGAAAAGCAACUCUGAUGAUUACAUAAAUGAUGAUGAUAGCUAUUAG